CCUUACUACAUCUCUCUCCCAACCCUCGAAUUUUAGUAGUAGGUGAAUAAAACUAAAAUUUAUAAAGUAAAUUUCAACACCAAAAUCAAAAUCUGGAGGUUUAAAAAAAAAAAGAAAAAAAGAAAGAAAUGCAGAGGCUAACUAGGGUUCCAGACCAUGGAUUCUCCUAAACUUUCUAAGUCCCCAAUUCCCUCUGCUUCUGCUUCUGCCUCAGCAUCUAUUUCUUCAUCUUCUUCGCCAGUUCAAGAAUCCCCUUUCUCCAAUUACAUUAGCAGUCUGUCUCCUAUAAAGCAUGACAAAGCACUGCAUGUAGCACAAGGGUUUGUUGGACUCAGUUCUCCUCCUCUUGUAUUUACAUCUCCACGUAUAAAUACACUUGGAAGGCCCCAGUCAUCCAGUGUGAAAAUAUCUCAAAAGGGUGUAGGGGACAAGAAAAUAAUAAAUGAGUCUUGUAUUUUGGAAAGAUCUGUUACUGAAUCGCAAGAAGGGUUGGUCACUGAUAUUAAGAAUGAAGAUAUCAAGGACGAUGUGGCAGUCCAGCUUGGUAGUUCCUCUGAAUGUGUUGAUGAAUACUUGGCUGACCCUGUGGAAACAGACUGCGCAAAGUCUGCAUAUUCAGACAAGUUGAAUUUGAAACAAUCUAAUAAUGUGCUUCAAUCAUCAGUUAAUGGUUUACUGGACUUAAAAAAUAUGAAGUUUGGCAGAAAAAAUAAUGUGGGGAGGGAAGUUGAUGCAGCUCAAUUUUUGUCUGGGCGAAGUGAAGAAAGCAUCGAAAGAAAGUUAACCUCUGAUGAAAAAUUGUUGAAGAUUGAAGAUGAGCAAGGUUCUGCUCAAGGGAUAUCUGAUGGAUUUCAAAAGUUUGACUCUGAUAGAUUUGAUCUUUCUUCUAAGGAAAAAGAAUGUAAAAACUUUGGUCCUCAGAAAGAUGGCCAUGGUGAUGGAUGCAGUAAUUUCCUUCAACAGCUGCCUGGAUCUCUGCCAGGGGUUCAGUCAUAUGAAGGUUUUGCUAAAAAUAUUGGCGGAGAUGCAGAUGCUCCAGUUCAUAGCAUGACACAUGAGGCUAGUGAACUCCAACGCAGCAUGAGUAGGCGUUGCCUUCAAUUUGGAGAAGCUCAACCAGAAGCCACAGCAACCUGCAGCAUUUCCACAAAUCGAGCAAAUAAUAUUAUCUCUUCAACAUCACUUGCUACAAAUUCAGAAACAGAGAGUUUGAGUUCAUCUCAUCUUGAUUUAAGUGCUAAAUCAAGGACAAGGCAACUAGUUAACUUGUCCCAGUUAGCAAUGAACAUGAUUCCCCAGUGCUAUGGCAAGUCUUCCUUAUCUGUUCUCAAGCCAUCAGGUAUUGGCUUACACCUAAACAGCAUUGUUAAUGCUAUAUCAAUGGGUCAAGGUGGAACUGCAAGCAUGAAAGUGGCACAGGCAAUAAAAUCAACAUCUACUACAAGCUGUCAAUCAACUGAAAACAUCGACAAUUGCUCAGAUGCAUUUGAAAAAGUAUCAACUCCUCAAGGAGCACUAGAACAGAAAGUUUGCACAAUUGCAGGUUCUGCUUCAGAAUCACUCUUUGCCGAGGAAUCAGUUGAGUUUCACAUGACUCCGAACAUAAAGAGGAAAUUUAGCUCAGAGGAUGGAGAUAGGAAUGACAUGUUUGACCAGCAAAGACCCAUAAAGAAAAGGCAAAAAUUAUCAAACAACACAGAUGGUGAUUGUUGCAAGCGUUGCAAUUGCAAGAAGACCAAAUGCUUGAAACUCUAUUGUGAUUGUUUUGCUGCUGGAAUCUAUUGUGCUGAACCUUGUUCCUGCCAAGGUUGCUUCAACAGGCCCGAGUAUGAAGAGACUGUUCUUGAAACACGUAAACAAAUUGAAUCACGUAAUCCACUAGCAUUUGCUCCCAAGAUUGUACAGCCAGUCACUGAGUUUCCUUUAAGCAACAGGGAAGAUGGAAACCGGAAGACACCAUCCUCAGCAAGACACAAAAGGGGGUGCAAUUGCAAAAGGUCGAUGUGUCUGAAAAAAUAUUGUGAAUGUUACCAGGCUAAUGUUGGUUGCUCAAUUGGAUGUCGAUGUGAGGGGUGUAAAAAUGUCUAUGGCAAGAAGGAAGAUUAUUGUGUGACUAAAGAAAUGGUUAACCGAAGUGGAGAGAUAUCAGAAAGUAGAGUGGCAGCUAAACCUAAGAAGGAAAUUUUCCAUUCUGAGUUGUGUGAUCCAUACCAUCUUACACCUUUGACACCUUUAGUCCAGUGCUCAGACCAUGGAAAGAAUGCAUCCAUUUCCAGACUUUUUUCCAGGAGAUGCCUUCCUUCACCUGAGUCUGACCUUACCGUCUUAUCUUAUGCAAAAUCUCCAAGAUCUCCAAGAACUUCUGAUAGCAAUGACAUACUUCUGGAAACAAGUAAAGGAAAUUUAGAUAUUGAUUCUUUCUGUGAGGGAAUUAGUUACAACAAUGCUGUUGCCCUUGCUGAUGAAUUCCAUUGCACUCCACUGCCAAAUCAUCCCUCGGUUAUUAUAGGUUCACCAUCAUCUAAAGCAAGGGAAUUGACAAGCCUUUCACGGGUCCAAUUGGACCCUAGAAGGAGGUCUCUCACUCCAGGUGGCUCUCUUCAUUGGCACAGUUCACCUAUUAUGCCAAUGUCUCCUUUAAAUGAUAAUAAAAAGCUUCAGGGGCUUGACUCAGCUGAUGGCGGACUUUAUGACAUUUUGGAGGAUGAUAUGCCAGAGAUAUUGAAAGACACUUCUAUGCCCAUCAAACCUGUGAAAGCCGGUUCCCCAAAUGGCAAGCGAGUUUCACCUCCUCACAAUUUGCACCAGCUUGGAUCAAGCUCUUCGGGACCAUUAAGAAGUGGCCGUAAGUUCAUACUAAAAGCUGUGCCUUCUUUCCCACCUCUCACUCCUUGCAUUGAUGCAAAAGGCAUCAGUAAUCAGAGCAGAAAUAAUUUCCAAGAAAAUAGGAGCAAUGAUUGAUUAUCAAACCUGCACUUUUGAUAUAGUGCAUUAAGUAUUUUCAUGAUGGAUGGUACAUGGGCUUCAGAGAGCGGGUAUUAGAUUUGCCACAUCUUAUGAGUAGCAGACAAAUUCCCAGAAAUGCUUCUGCCUUAUGAUUCGUAUUUUCUGUUUCUUUCUCUAUUUCUCUCAUAUACUUGUCAGUCUCUGGUUUUUCAUUUUGAAUGUUCUCUAAUGCAAGCCAAGUAUUUGUCAUUCCUCAUGAUUGGAGGAAGGACUCACCAAACCUGCUGCCGCUCAACCAUGUGAAAAUACAAUUUUAUUUUAUCCAAAGUCCAAAUCAGUGAGCACUUUCUUGCA